AAUUACCUUGUUACAACCCAGACAACUCCUUCACUACUAAACUUAUUUCACAAGUCCGAAAUCCCUCACACACCCACACGAAGAAGAAGACUUGAAUCCUCAGUUGAAGGUCAUAUGAUUUAAAUUUAAACCAUAACUGAAGAUGUUUCUUACAAGGACUGAGUAUGAUAGAGGUGUGAAUACUUUCUCACCUGAAGGUAGAUUGUUUCAGGUUGAGUAUGCGAUUGAAGCUAUUAAGCUUGGAUCAACUGCGAUAGGCCUGAAAACUAAAGAAGGUGUAGUGCUUGCUGUUGAGAAGCGUGUCACUUCUCCAUUGCUGGAGCCAAGUAGUGUAGAGAAAAUUAUGGAAAUCGAUGAGCAUAUAGGUUGUGCAAUGAGUGGACUAAUUGCCGAUGCUCAUACACUUGUUGAACAUGCACGAGUUGAGACUCAGAAUCACAAGUUCUCAUAUGGGGAGCCUAUGACUGUUGAAUCCACAACACAAGCUUUAUGUGAUCUUGCCCUACGAUUUGGUGAAGGCGAAGAAGAGUCCAUGUCUCGGCCUUUUGGUGUAUCACUUCUCAUUGCUGGUCAUGACGAAAAUGGGCCAAGCCUAUACUACACAGACCCGUCUGGCACAUUUUGGCAGUGUAAUGCAAAAGCAAUAGGAUCAGGUUCUGAGGGAGCAGACAGCUCUUUGCAGGAGCAGUUCAACAAGGAGAUGACACUCCAAGAAGCCGAAACAGUUGCUCUUUCGAUCUUGAAGCAAGUGAUGGAAGAGAAGGUGACUCCCAACAAUGUUGACAUUGCAAAGGUUGCUCCAAAGUACCAUUUGUAUUCUCCUUCUGAGGUGGAGGCUGUCAUCGCUCGUUUAUAGAAAGAAAAUCCUUAAUCAUUCUCUUCGGCAAGGUUUUCCUGUCUUACUUCCCACCGCCUUCAAGGGAUGAUUUCGUUAGGAGAUAAACUUCAAUGUGAUCUGGUUAUUUACUUCAAGGGAUGACUUCAUUAGGAGAUAAACUUCAAUGUGAUCUGGUUAUUAGGCCAUGAAACCUACUCCCUUCUGAUCUUUUUUACAUUACUUUUUUUGUUGGAGUAGAGUUUGGUAUUCUUUUAAAUUACUUCGGUAUUCUUGAUCAUGAGUGUCACAUUUUACAUUCACUUGGUUGACAUGAAAACAUUGGAAGUUAAGAUUCCCAAAUGAAAAGUUAUGAUUCUUAUGAUA